ACGCAUAAUUGUCGUGGGUUCGUCCCCUAGUGCGCCUGAGACCCUCAGAAGAACCCCCUCCGCUGGUGGUGAGGGUCCUGCUUGUUCUAGGCCACCGGGAAUCCCACGUCUUGGCUCUCGUUGCCUCUCCAUAUCCAUUGCUCUGCAUCACUCUUGCAUCGCUGGCUCGAUUUCUCUGUAAAUUUUUAUCAAAAUGAUUGGGGAAGGCCCCGAGGAUGGUUCCCGGGUUUAUAUGCCGCCCGUCGUCCAUGUUGAAGAGCAUUCCGACGAUCCCGACGCUCCCGACGACCUGCUUCCUGGAGAUGUAGAGGCUGGUACCGUUCUCCUCCCCGUCUGGUUACGGGAAUCUUCCAGGUCAUUUCGCUGGGGAUGGGUUCCUCUGCCCCUCAGAAAGGCCGGCCGUGCCAUAGCUGAGUGGGUCAAGGGUCCUAAUCCGCCACACCCGCUCUUAUUGAAGCCGUUGUUCCCUCAGAUCCAGGAACUACCUGCCCGGUACCUGGAGAAAUUCUUUCCUAAGCGGAAGCACAAGAUUUCAUUGCUGUUGCUUUUGUAUUUUGCGUGGUUUUUGCCGUGGACUAUUCUUUUCCUGCAUUCUCGUUCUGCAGGUUAUCUUGAAGGUUAUGGGAAACCUCUCACGCUCGCAUGCACUUCGAGUUUCUGGGCGCGCGGAAAUGCAUGUGGACUCAAUGGGAACGACUGUCGCCCGUUCACUGCUUCGGCGAUUGCCUUCCGAUGUCCCGCAAACUGUCAAGACGCCAAAGUGCUUGAGCCGCAUGUGGUCGGCAAUGAGAGCUAUAGCUAUCAAGGACUUGUUAUAGGAGGGCCUGAGCCAGGAUCGGAUGAACUGGGUGUAUAUCGGGCGGAUAGUUUUAUUUGCCAGGCUGCCAUCCAUGCGGGAAUAGUCACCCGAGAGUCCGGAGGGUGCGGUGUGGCACGCUUACAAGGAGCGGCACACUCGUUCUCUGCCUCAAAACGGAACGGAAUUAGUUCAAUUGGUUUCCCAUCAACGUUCCCAAAAACUUUUAGCUUUGUUUCGCUCUCUUCUUCGGAUGAGACUUGUCCUCAGGAUCCUCGAUGGCCUCUGUUUGGCAUCACUGUUGGCGCCCUAAGUCUUUUGUGGUUAUUUUGCUCUUCUCCGCCAGUAUUAUUUUUCAGCACCUUUUUUAUGCUUUUCAGUCAGAUCGGAUUGGUGUCAGAUCCGCCGCCACUCUCUCAACUUGCCGAUCUCAUGUCCACCUUUGUCUCUCGGCUUCUUCCGGCAUCGUUUGUUGCUUAUGUUCUAUACAAAUACUGCGCACGGCCCUUGUUGACACCACUCGCUCACCCCAAGUAUCAGAUGAGCAAAACGUUCCUCUUCUUGCCGCUUGCAUUUAUUGGCGGGCUGAAUAACUAUACAUUCGCUCGGCUGAUUCCCCUUGAACGUCUCACGCCCCAUGACAUCCAGCAGCAACCUGGCGCAAAACUGGCCUUAUGUCUGGUUAUUCCGACUGUGAUCACGAUUAUUGUUAGCCAGGCUUGGCAAAUCCGCCAGGGAGGCCUGAUGCCACACUAUCUGAAGGUUUACUGUUCGAUGGGGCUGAUCCUUCUGAUAUUGCUACCACUCCCUGGUCUUCGCCUUCGCAUCCAUCACUAUAUUCUUGCAAUUCUUCUCAUGCAUGGAACGGCCUUCCCGACUCGACCGUCAUUAAUCUACCAGGGAUUGCUCCUUGGUCUGUUCAUCAAUGGCAUUGCUCGAUGGGGGUUUGCGUCGAUUAUUGAAACGCCUGCGGCACUGGGCGAACACUCCCGGGGCUCCGGGGGCUCAGGAUGGUGGGGAGCUACUUAUCCCGACAUUACGAACUCGUCUGUGAAAGUCUCCCUCCCCGAUAACAAUUCGGAUGAGCCAUUCCACGGAAACGGCAACAUCACAUUCACCUUAUGGGAUAAUGAACGAAUGACAGGCCUUGGUGUUGACGGAGUGUCUGUUCUGGUCAACGAUGUGGAACGCAGGCGAGGCUAUUUAGACGAGGAUCCCCGGGGUGAAUUUACCUGGCACCGCCACGGACACAGCGGACUCGAGCUGCAAUUCGUCGCGACGAUUGAGGAUGACGCUGUGGACCAGGAUAUAGACGCGGACUGGAUUGAUCGCGACGACAACGGCAAACCAGAGGAUCUUUUCUUCCGCUUUGCUUACCUCAAGGGCGCCGAAGCCGGGAAAUACAGCGGCGCAGGGAUGUGGCUCGAAGACGGCGAGUGGAUUCCUCCAACUCCACCGCAAGAAUAGAAUCUCUUUUGUUUGAGAUUGUGUACAAGACUAGACGAAUACAUGAAGAUAUACCCUAAUCUGAUUAGGUUGGAUACAAUGCGUGUGUUGGUUGAUAUCAACAAUCACCCUAGAGAUAAUAAAACGUUACCCGGACCCUAAGGACCCUUUAUUUGGGGUAGGGUUAGGGUUA